AUGAAAAAAUCAUUGAUAUUCAACAUAUUUCUUGUGCUUCUCGUUACUACAGGUAUGAAGUUGCUCAUGGCCCAAGAAUUUUGCACUACCACUCAUUUUUUACCGAUAUGUGAAAAGUAUGCAUGUAUUCAUGAAAGGAUGGGAUCCGUAGAAGCGAUGAAAACUCUCCCCUCCCUUCUCCUCACAUUAAGAAUCACAUAG